AUGGAGAAUGGCGAUGAAACCCUCGCCUCCCCCACCGUUGCCGCCGCCGAGAAGGCCGCCCUCAACGACGGCGUCGCGGAGGAGGAGCAAGUACCCAUCACCCACCCCGCAAAGUCCUACGCCGCCGUCGCCGCCGAGAAUCCCGCUCCAAUCGGUGGCGUCGCGAAGGAGGAAGAGGGGGACGCCGACGCCCACACCGCUGCCAGGUCCUACGCUGCUGUCGCCGCCCGCGUCAAGAUCGAGGACCUCCGCGUCGCCAAGCUCGAAGUAGAGGCGAAGCUCGGUGAGGCCCGCCGUGAGAACAAGUCCCUCGCCGAGCAAACGCACGGAGGUCGAAGUAGAGGCGAAGCUCGGUGA